AUGACUACUACAAAAAAUACUAAAAAGAGGCAAAUUACAAUAAGUGAAUUUUUUGGCCCAAAGGAAUCUAAAAAAGUGAAAACUGAAAAACAUACAAAAACCUCUGCACAAAACCUUGAUUCGAAAAAUAAUGAGAAUGAAAAAAAUUCUAAAAGAAAAAGUGGAAUCAAUCUACCAAAAAAAAAUUAUUUCCGCACCCCAUUGGAACCAAAUGUAAGCAACUUAUUAGAAUUAGAACUAACAACUCUUGAUAACUCAUGGUUUACCAGGCUAGAAGAUGAAAUAAAAAAACCUUAUUUCAUUAAAUUAAAAGAAUUUUUGUUAAGGAGCCAAAAACAAAGUAUUAUUUUCCCUCCUCCAGGUGAUAUAUAUUCCUGGAGUAGAUUAACGCCAUUUGAUAAAGUUAAUGUUGUCAUUAUUGGCCAAGACCCAUACCAUAAUCAUAACCAAGCACAUGGUCUAGCAUUUAGUGUAAAAAAACCAACACCAGCCCCACCAUCGUUAAAGAACAUAUACAAAGAGUUACAAAAAAACUACAAUGGUUUUGUUAUCGACAAUAAAUUCGGUGAUUUAACUCCAUGGGCCAAACAAGGGGUAUUGCUAUUAAAUACUACCUUAACAGUCAUGGCUCACAACGCAAAUUCUCACUCGAAACAAGGCUGGGAUAUAUUCACUCGUAGAGUUGUCGAAUUACUGAUAGAGGACCGUGAGAAGAAUAAUAGAGGCCUUUGCUUUCUACUGUGGGGAAGUAAUGCAAUUAAGCUUGUAGAAAAUAUACUAAAAUCUUCCAAAACUAAUAAAUUGAGAAAUCACAAUAUUAAAAUAUUCAAAUCAGUUCACCCCUCACCAUUAAGUGCAAGCCGUGGGUUUUUUGGAAAUAACCAUUUCAAACAGAUUAAUUCAUGGCUUUACGACGAACAACAUUUACCAAUGAUUGACUGGUCUGUUGUUCCUGAUACAAAAUUAUUAGAAGUUGAGAAGGCUAAUGCUGAGCUACGUAAUCCUACAAAAUAG